AACACCAUCUGAAUCUUGACCAUGGCACAAGCACGACUGGCAACAACAACGUCACUGACAUCGUCAGCUCUGGGGCUGUCGGCGGCGUCAAAGACAAAUGGCGUCGUUGAGGAACAGCUGGGAGCCGACAGCUGGGAGGAGUUCUCGAUCGAUGUACCGUGGGGCACUCUGGCAGGCAAGUGGUGGGGAUCGCGCAAUAAGCAGCCCAUAAUCGCUUUGCACGGAUGGCAGGACAAUUGUGGGAGCUUCGACAGGCUGUGCCCUCUGCUGACGGCUGACUGCGCAGUCCUGGCCAUCGAUCUGCCCGGCCACGGCAAGUCCUCACACUAUCCACAGGGCAUGCAGUACUUCAUUUUCUGGGACGGCAUCUGCCUGAUCCGUCGCAUCGUGCGCAAGUAUAACUGGAAGAACGUCACCCUUCUCGGUCACUCCCUGGGCGGAGCGCUGACUUUCAUGUACGCCGCCAGCUUCCCGGAUGAGGUGGCCAAGCUGAUCAACAUUGACAUUGCCGGGCCGACGGUGCGUGGCAUUAAGCGGAUUGCAGAGGGCACGGGCAAGGCGCUUGACAAAUUCCUCGACUAUGAGACGUUGCCCGAGAGCAAGCAGCCCUGCUACUCGUACGACGAGAUGAUCAAACUGGUGCUGGACGCCUACGAUGGCUCCGUCGACGAGGCUUCGGUGGAGAUCCUGAUGCAGCGGGGCAUGCGACACAACCCCACCAAGGAUGGCUAUCUCUUUGCGCGGGACCUGCGGCUCAAGGUGAGCCUGCUGGGCAUGUUUACCGCGGAACAGACGUUGGCCUAUGCUCGUCAGAUCCGCUGCAAGGUGCUUAACAUCCGCGGGACGCCCGGCAUGAAGUUCGAGACUCCCCAGGUCUAUGCGGAUGUGAUAGCCACGCUCAAGGAGCACGCUGCCCAUGUGGUAUACGUGGAAGUACCUGGCACCCAUCACCUGCACCUGGUCACGCCGGAGCGGGUGGCACCGCACAUCAAUCAUUUCCUGCGCGACCUGUAGGACAUGCAACGGGGGAACGGUGCUUAAUUAAGUAGGAGGCUUAUUGUAGAUAUAGGUAUAGCUUGUAUGAUUCCACUUGAUUGUGAUGCGCAACAGAUCAAAGGUAUUGUGUGGAUUGAAACGUAGAAUACCGACACUUAAUAAAUCCAAAACUAACAUUAAAGAAAUAUACAGCCCUGAUUCGGCUAUUGCAAAUCACAAAAA